CUACCCUUGGCCUUCCGACCACUUUUACCUUAAGAAGUGUAUGGUCAGGCCGCAGCUAAGGCGACUGGCUGAACCACGUACUUGCGUGACUUCUAUCAGAAUAUAAGUGUACGAAUGCGCUGGCAGAUCGGGCAUGCGACGCCCUCAAAGAGAACCAAAAUGCACCCCACCACUAGCGUUGAGCUGGGAAUCCUUCGGCCACCCCAGCACCGUCGAUAGCAACAUUGCUCCUAUAACACUUGUCUGUCGCCCAUCUCAUCACUUCUCCUUUGGGCCCAUCACUAUCGACAUCUAAAACGUCAAUCUAUACGAGCAUUUUCAGGCUGGCUAUGGACAGAAAACACUUCCGCAGCCUCAUCCCAUCUACUCCUACCCAGGUCUUCUCAAAACCAGACCUCAUCACCUUUUUCAUCAAAGAUGCCUUUUCCCUCCCAACCCUCCUCUCGAUCGGCGCUUUGCUUCAAUCCCUUCUUAUCCUUGUCUUCCCCAUCCGUGUCGCUCUACUCCCACUAAUACUCCUCUCCACCUACACCGUCCUCACCACCGCCAUCGCCUCUGCGAACCCACGCACGUAUGGAUACAUGCAAGAUAUCCAUCUCGGCCGUACAUCUGCCCAACUCCCAAACCCACAGACCGGAAAAUUCGGAAAUGUUCCUGCAGACCAAGCCAUCGUGGUCUUCCACUUUGGCGUCCGCUUUUCCCACCCCUUGGGAAUAUUUUCCCCGGGCGCGCAAAAGACAAUUUCUCAUUUUACCAAAUGCAACGAUCUUGUUUUGGCGAAAGCGUCUGCCUACGGUCUACUCGGUCUCUCACCGUGGCGCGCUGCGGAACGCGGCAGCAAUAAUACACUAAUGAUGGUUUAUUACUUCCGCAAUGUCGAAGGGUUGAACAAGUUCGCUCACGAUCCUAUACAUAGACGAGCAUGGGAGUGGAUUCAGAGGGAGGGAGGUAAACAUGUUGGAUUUUUCCACGAGGCUUUUGUGACGCCGAGGGGUGGGUAUGAGAGUAUCUAUGUUAACUUGCAGCCGUUACUGAUGGGAGCGGCGAGGGUGGAGUGUGUUGUUACAGGUGGAGAUGAUGGUGGUGACGGGGAGGGACAGGGUGAAGGGACGAGAGGCAAAAGUUGGGUUUCUACUCUCGUUAGUGCCGAUACUCCAAGUCUGAAAAGUCAAUUUGGAAGGAUGGGGAGGGAGGUUGCGAAGAAGAGUGGUGAAUGAUGGGAGUAGUACGUGAAUAUCAAGCGCAGAACACAGACACGGUUGGCAGUGUAAAGACAUAUUUGGACUCUAUAUCAAGUAGUUUAAACCAAC